AUGAUACCUAAUGAAGCUUUGGUCUCCAAAGAGCUCUCAGGGCUCUCAAUCAACCAAGAUCCCUACUUAGACGACACACCUCCUCCGGCGCCCAAGAUCACAAGCGAAGGGGUGAUAUCAAUAGAUAUCACAGACAAGUUUGUCACAGCUGCAAAGACCUUGGAGCCUGGUGAGCUGAUCAAGGAUGGCUACUUCACGCUCUUUGAGUCCGUUGGGGCUUUGGAGAUCAUGGACUCGAAGAUGGAUAGUGGCUGUCUCGAGCCUGGAGAGUCUCUUGACGAGGACUACGACACGUCCCGGCCGCUACUUCCGAAGGAGGUCCUUGGGAUCAUUGACCAGCUCUUAUGCCACGAGGUCAGCACAGUUCUACACAAUUGCUUCAUUAAUAUCUAA